CUCCCCAGCGCCGUUUCUGCGUUGCCGUUACGUAAAUACAAUAUUUCUGCUUGCCAAGAACUAUACAAAAUGUAUGGGUCCAAGGUAAACCGUUCGCCGUGUUUAAGGCGGAACAUAUCGUUAACAAUCUCAAAGCAGGUAGAAUCAUGCUCCUACCCUCGAAUUUUAAUAAAUACGAUAGCGGGCUCCCGAACGCCGCACGUACUGUACCGCACCGCCUCGGCUCCCAAGCGCCGUUUCUGCGUUGUUGCGGGCUGCAGUUUGGCAGUUGGUGCUCAUCUGCCAUAGGCCCACACAGAAAAGCAAGAAGUCAGCCAACAUGGGGCUGCGUGGAAUGCUGCUGGCACCAUUGGUGUCUAUCCUGCUGGGCUAUGCACUCAACCGAAUCCCAGUGGAGAUUGUGACAGAAAGCCAGUUCUACAAGGAGGACCGCUUCGGCCUUCGCUCGGCGUUACAGCACGCCCACGAGCAUGUCGUCUCGUGUCUGAAUGCCCUGGUGAGUCGGGUGACACCCCUGAAGGAGGCCGUGCAACGCAGGGUGACGGGCCUGUUCUCAGGCUCGCCACCACCACCGCCGCCGCCGCCGCCCGCUCCCGCCGGCGACUCCAAGCCGACGUCCAAGCACAAGAAGCGCUCGGGCCGCGGUACGGCCACCCGCCUCUUUACGCGCGAGGAGCUGGCCGAGCACGACGGCUCCAACCCGCGCAAGGGUCCCUACCUGGCGCUGCUGGGCCAGGUGUUUGACGUGAGUCGCGGCCGCCAGCACUACGGACCCGGCGGUGGCUACGCCUUCUUCGCCGGCCGCGACGCAUCGCGCGCCUUCGUGUCGGGCGACUUCAGCGAGGCUGGCCUCAUCGACGACGUGGAGGGCCUCUCGACCCAGGACUACCUCGGCCUGGACGAGUGGCUGCAGUUCUACCGCAAGGACUACCGGCCGGCCGGCCGGCUGGUCGGCCGCUUUUACGACGAGGACGGCCGCGAGACCGAGUACUACAGUCGCCUGCAGCGCUGGAUGGCCGAGGCGCGCGAGCAGCGGCGGCGCGACGACGGCGAGAAGCUCGUCUUCCCGCCGUGCAACUCGGAGUGGAGCCAAGAGCGCGGCGGCCGCGUGUACUGCUCGCGCCGCAGCGGCGGUGUGGCGCGCGACUGGGCCGGCGUGCCGCGCGAGUACUUCGCCGGCGGCAAGAAGCGAUGCGCGUGCGUGCGCGACCGGGGCGCGCCGAGCCACGGCGCCGACCCGGGCACGGACCGCGGCGACCUGGACGACCCGCGGCUGGCCGAGUUCCCCGGCUGCGCGCCGCACGCCGACUCGUGUGUCACCAAGGCUUGAGCACGGUCGCUGCCGGGGCCUGAUGGCCUGGCGCCACCGAGAUCUAGGGGUGAGACGUCCAGCGGCGGCCGCAGCCGCUGCUGCAGCAGGCUGUGACGGCUUCCGACGGGGCCGCGUGGGCGAUGGGGACGCGCAGAACGUAAGGCAGUUGGACAUGGCUCUGGUGAUGGCGUUAGAUGUGACCAUUGAGUGAUAACAUUAGCAAUAACGAUCGGCUGAUGGCUGUUUGAUGAAUGUAGGUAUUUGACUAACCAUUCUCCGAUGGCUUAUUCUGACUAGGAAUUGGAAAGUUGGCUUUAAGUUUACAUGACAUGUUGUCCUAAUGCGUCACCUCUUAGCAUGCUGUGUAAGACUGGUUGACCCACUUUGAACUGUUCCCUUCCCCGUUUGAGCCCCCCCCCCCCCUUCUCCAGUCAUGUUCUCUUUUCGUUUUUGUUUUUGUUUUUGUUUUUGUUAUAUGUUCAGGCCCGUGACAUCCAGAACAUUAUGCUCCGAUGCUACUGCUUUGUGACGACGAAGAGGUUGUGAAGCAUGUGUGCUCCCAUGCGCUUUAAGGGCAGGAGCAUGCAAUAUAGGCCAAUAUCGGCUUUUGGUUGCCUGUACGUGGACCAGGCAAAUACCUGAAAGCGCGCUGUUUGUUGCCGUUGUGUUCCAUCAUUUAUAUUGCAUAUGCAUUUCGAAUGGAUAGAUCACGAUGAAUGUUUUGUCGGUACCUGAGUGCGCUCCAAAACUGGAAAUCCUCAUUUAUAAAUGUCCCGUGCUUUUUAUGAAUUUGCCUUUUCAAAGCUCCCGUUUAAAUAGUUUACAAACAGCAAACAGCGAUAAGAGGUCGUCCCAAUCAGUUGGCUCAUUUGGCUGCGGUUUAUUCUUCGAGUGGUUGCUAAACUACUAUGCACGUUUGAUUAUCGGAGAUUUCCGCGGACAUACUUCGUGAAGCCAAAGGAGAUUGAAUCUGAGCAUCAAAAAAGGUCUGCAGGGUGUGCCGAGGUAGCGUCUUUUUCUUUUGUUGUGUCCUUGAAUUUAUUUUCACAAAUGCAUCUAGCUGAUCAGUGUCGCGGAUAGCGUUGCAAACCGUGCAGAUAUAUCCCUCAGUGCUCGGUCACACAUUGUUAAUAUAACCGAGGUCAUUAGUCGUGCCCUUGUUCAUUGAUGAAUAUGCCCUCGCUUCCGUAUCCCACGAUGUACCUAACUCAGAGAACUCGUGGCUGAACCUAAUACAAGUGACGUUACCCGAAAGUCGCAGUUGAGGCCGUGAAGAAGGGAACUUCGUUCCCACGUUAAG